AUGAAUUAUCAAACUCAGUCAUUUUUAAAGCUUGACCAUCUUGCCAAACCUUACAUUGAUAAGAUCGCAUCUCUUGAUGAUGUGAUUAUAGAUCUUUGUCAUAUAAUUACUUCCGGAAUCAUUUAUCUUGGAUAUGAAAUAGAUUUAUUUGAUUUAAAAAAAACUCUUGAAGCAUUCGUUCAAUUCAGUGAAUGCUUCAAAUAUGUAAUUUCUCUCAUGAAUCAAAAUCCUAAUCCAAAAUUGGAUACAUUGCUUCAAAUGACUUCAAAAGGAUGCGGGCCAUUAAAUAAAACUCUUCUUGAGUACAUGUAUGCUCGCAAUAAUCUUUUGGAUACACUUAUUAUAAAUCGUGCAUAUCUUCGUGUUCUUCCUAGUCGAAUAGAAAAAAAGAGUAGUUGGAAAGAUAUUUUUAGGCGAAGUCCAUAUAUGGAAGGAUUUCACCGUUUUUAUGAACCUCUCAAAAAAUCACAUGAGAUUUGCUCACCAGAAGAAAUUCAAUAUUUCUGCUCGUGCUUUCUUAGCUCUACGGAGAUCUUACUACUUGGUACAAGGCAGAUUGUAGGAGAAGAUCCUAAAAUACAAUACUUUUGGGAACAAAGAAAAAAGCGAGCACGUAUUUUCUUUCCAACCACUUUUAUUACAUCAUCAGAAGUAUAA